AUGAAGAACGCGGUAGGGGCAACCGCUAAGGGCCGCGCAGAUGACUUGACUGUCCGCUCGGAAAACAAGGUAGCCGACGAAACUGGCAGCGAGGAGAGCACAGAAUCUACGGAAGAAUCCUCGGAGACUACCUUGGCAGAUGUCCGUACGCCGUGGAGCGAAAACCGGCAAGUGUUCGCCUACCUUCUUACCCUUAUGGCAGUCUUAACUGCCGUCGUCGUCGUCGUUAGUAACGCCAACGUCAAAAGCGUCACCCCUGUGGUGCUCGAAACUCGCCCGCUGCAACGCAAACCGCGACGUGGACCUGCGCUGCCGUACGAGUUGUGCGUUUCUCGCGCGUGCCAGGCGGAGGGACGGUACCUCUUUGACUUGCUCAACUGGGACGUGGACCCCUGUGACGAUUUCUACGGCUUUGUGUGCAAGGGCUGGGGUGCAGCUACGUCUGACCAACUCUUACGUGAUGAAAUGGACAGUAAGGUCGCUCGACUACUGGGACGAGGUGCGGCCAUCCCGCGUCCUCUUGCGCCGCUCCAACGACUUUACGAGCAAUGUCAAGACGUACGAACGCUGGCUGAUAGCGGCCUGGUACCCAUCCGAAAGGUGCUCGACCUCGUGGGGCUCCCUCACUGGCCAUACGUGAUGCCGGAGAACCGAUACGUCCCAUUAUGGACGGCUGCAGCACGAAUUCUCCGGGCUACGGGCGCAGAAACGCUCGUGCACGUCCAACCAGGAGGAACACACCGGAGCCGACCUGGCCACUCUCUCUUUAUCCUGAAGGCUCCGAGACAGUUGGUCUCCGUUCACGUUCAGGAGACGACCGAAAAGGCCUAUCUAGCUGCAGCUCGGGCGGCGUUAGCAGCAUUUCGUGACAAGUUAUCUGCAUCGCUUCUGGCCACGGAGAUAUUGAACUUGGAAAAGAGGUUCGCCGGAGCGACAGCUAGAGAAACGAAUACCACUUUGGCUCGUUUGGGAGAGUACCCCCAGCUCCUACAGUUUCUCUCCCAACUUACGGGCAACGGUGUACACGAAGGAACGGAGGUGCUAAUGUCGCAAUCGUUUAACGCUCUCAUAACCGUGGUGGGUGCGGAACCUGCCGACGGCGUACUCAACUAUCUGGGAUUUCGAACUGCGGUACAGCUCGCCGACUUCCUGCCGGACUCGGUCGGUCGCGAAUUGAGUGUCCUGGCGUCCCUCGUCCGGAACGGUGGACCGCUGCCUCGAUGGCGUACCUGUCUGCGAGCAGUGGAAGACGCAGCCCCGCGGCGGUUCCUAAGAGCCGCCGCCAUGGCUCUCCGUGCGGCAGGUACCAAACCAGCCGCCGCACUUUUCGCAGAAUCCAUACGAGACGGCAUGAUGUUCGCUCUGAACCAAGCACCCUGGCUGGACAAACACUCGCUAACCAUGUCCCGUCAGCAGUUGUCUCGCGUCAGGUUCCGUCUCUUUCUACCCGAGAACGCGAGCUUGCUAAACUUUGACACGACGUCCGAGAAGGGGCUGCUCGCUUACUCGGCAAUCCACACGGCAUCGUUCGACGCCGGUCUCCGAGCACCGCAUCCGUGGCUCGGAUCUGCGCUCGAUACCGAUUGUACGAUCGAUGUUAACACCAACGCAGUUUUUAUACCUCUACUACUUUUCAAUUUUUCGGCCUUAACGCUGGAUGAGCUCCUCAGUUUCCAUCUGCCACGUGCAGGACUGCGACUCGCCCGAUGUAUGGCCAACCUUUUGCUAGCACGGAAGAACCGAUGGAGCGAGGCAGGAAGGGAAGGGUUAAGGCGUAUUGAACGCUGCAUGUCGGUUCAACACGGCUCGUUGAAACCACGUUCCAUGGCCGUUGCCGACAGCCUAGCCCUCGGACCGGUCCUGCGUCUUUUCCGCGCUAACGUCCAUCGCAGACGUCGUCAGGACGUAAGGCUCCGCAACGCUGAAGACCUCAGUGCUGACCACGUGUUCUUUGUGUACUACGCUUCGGGGUUCUGUCGACAGGAAGAUGACGUCGUCAGCGUGAAUGCUCCCCUGUGGAGCUCAGUAGCGUUUCAACGGGCGUUUGAAUGUCGACCAGGAUCUCCAAUGAGACCUGAUCGUGCUUGUCCUCUUUGGACAUCAGUUACUUAG